AUGGACCCUCUCUCAAUUAUAGCCAGUAUCGCUGGCAUAGCGUCAGCCGGUGCUCAACUCUCAAACACUCUUUUCAAGCUUUACAAGACAGUAAAGAACGCGCCCAAGGAGAUCCAAUCAGUCGCUAUUGAGAUGUCUGGCUUGACUUCCACUCUUGAGCACUUACGCGACAUCAUCAAAUCCGGACAAUCAUAUGCAAAACCGCAGUUUUGCCAAGCUGUUCGGCAUGUUGUCAAGAAUUUCCAAAUGACGCAACAAGAAAUUGACAAGAUGGCGGCUGACGAGAGUAUGUUGCGAAGAGUCAAAUGGCUCAAGGCUGCAAGGUUGUUGUCAGAUAUUGAAAAACAUAAGGUCACAUUGACUUUGCAGAUUGCCAUUCUUUCAGCGGCUAUUCUGGUCAAAACCGCCAACAGCCGUCUAGCCAUACACGAGAAAGUGGAAAACAGAUUCAAGGCUCAAGCCGAGAGUCUUGUCCUGGCUGGUCAAGCUUCAUUUCAAAAUGAUGAAUCGGAGCCGAUUCCAGAUCCUCCUCAAGAAAGAGCACCGAGUCCACCAGUUCGCACAAGCAAAAGACUACCAAGUCCCGUGCGCGAGUCUGAGAUUCCUGGACACGUGCGGACUGAGGAGCUCUACGGUCAAAAUAAGAAUCCUGAAGACAACGCAUUUCUUGCUGCAAGUGAGAAAGAAGAGGUCCAUUCAGCACUUGCGUUAAGUGUAAAGGACCCAGUACGCUCAGAAAGACGAUAUACGGUUCCUGCAAUCGAUGAUAAAGAUGAGGAAGGCAUCUCUUCCGUGGACGAAGAAAGGGUAUCCCGACACCGCAGAAGGUCGGGGUUUGAUCCACUGUCUGGUCAUAGCAUUGCGCAGUUUGGGCCUGAUUUCCACCGACGCGGCGAUGCAGCUACGUUUCUAUACAACCUUGUAUUUCUCAACGAGAUACCAGUGAGAGAAGCACAAGGUGAGAGCUCACAUCUCAGAGGCACUGGAAGCGACGACCAGGCAGAAGAGCGGUACCAACAUCGACUUUCGGAUGAUUUGCAUAAUGAAUACCAUGACUAUGAAAACAAUGCGGCCCCUCGGGACAGAGUUAGAUUUAAAGACCCCAAGCCUCAAGAACCGGGAAGGAUUGUCAAUCGCCUUCUUUUGGCUUGGACGUCACUGAGCGAAAGCGAGGUUGAAAAGGGGAAACCGGAUAAUCAGCCUGAUAAAAGUAGGGCAUUUGGAGAAAGUGACAGCUCUGACAGUGAAGAGUCGCUCUACGGGCCUGAGGACCCAGAGAGAAACUGGAGAAGAGAAGCAAGAGCAGCUCGCAAUAGGCUCCUAAGAGAAGAGACCAGGUACAAUGACAAGCCUGAGUUUGAUCCUCGUGGUCGCAGGAUACUCAGACCGACACAGAAUCGGGAUCGUCCUUUUGGAUAUACAAAUGCGCCCCCUCAAAAUAAUAUCCCUUCACCGGUAUCAGCAGAACCAAGUAUGCCUCACCCAAAUGGUGGCUACGGCCAACCAUACGGUCAGGCUCGAAAUCCUUAUGCACCGUCUUACGGAUAUUCGGGCUACGCAAACUGGAUGCCUGGUGCACCGAACUCCUCUCAUCGUUAUCCUUUCUCACUACCAGACGAAGAGACGUAUUCGCCGCCACCAACCCAGUCACACAACCCAGCCACAGAGACAAAACCAGUGAGGUUAAAGUUCCAGAAACCUGCUUUUGUUGUUCUGCCACAAACAGACUCUGCAGACUAUGAGGCUGAGCCAAUCAAUCCCGGGCUUGACCUUGUGUCUGUUAGCUUAGGUAUCAUGAGGCAAGGAGAUGAGCCAAUCUGGGACUGCGAUGCGUUCAUGUCUGAAAAGGGUUAUCCAGGGAAAGCGAUUAUGGGUGCACUUAUUGGCGAUAAAUCCGCUAGAAAUCCUCACGGACUAGAUCUGGCACAUACGCUGAUGAAAGGAAGAAGUUUGAAGCUGGUGUACAUCCGAGGAAAUGAUAUCGGUGAAACUUGGUUCAUGAAUGAACAGCCCGUCUUCUUGCAGUUCCUUCAUUCUGGGUACUUGCCUCAGUUCUACCCAGCAAAGGAGGCCGACGAGAGAGCUAUGAAGCAAGAGUACGUGGCUAUCGGGGAAGAAUGGGCCAGCUUCGAAGCUUUACAACAACUUGGCUUCGCUGUCAAGAGACGAGAAGAAGGGCGUGUCCUAUUGGACCCUAGCACAACAUGGAAACACGGGCUGGAAGCGCCCUCACCUGCUGAGACUACAGACUCUGACACUAGAACGCCUCCUGUCCCAGAUAGACGUGCCAGAGUCGAAGACGAAAGUGAAGUCGACAUUAUCGACUUACCGAUUAGAGAAGAACCAAAAAAGACACCAGAACAAACCAUAGAGACCCAAAGCAAGACAAAUCCCGUCGCACUUCAACCACAAAUUUCUAUCACCCCACCAGUGACACCACAGCAGUCUUCGCCUGACACUUUGGAUACAAGUGAGGUAGCAUCAUCUGUUUCUUCAGGGUCGCGAUUGUCGAAAUUUGUCAAGCGCUACAAAGCGGGAGGGAAAAAGAACCUGUCUUUGCCUCUGCAUCAACAAAGUUCAAAGACUAGCGGGCAUGGAAGUGAGAGUACCGAGCGGCAGGAUGAUGAUAAAGGUCCCCUGACACCGACGGACUCUGGUAUUGGAAGCUCUAUUGUCUCAGGGUGA